GCGAGCGGCGGCCCGGCCUCGGCGCUCCGAGGGCGGCGGAGGUGCUUCCCGGAGCCAUGGUGAUCAUGUCCGAGUUCAGCGCGGUCCCCGCGGGCUCGGGCCAGGGCCAGCAGAAGCCCCUGCGGGUGGGCUUCUACGACAUCGAGCGGACCCUGGGCAAGGGCAAUUUCGCGGUGGUGAAGCUGGCCCGGCACCGAGUCACCAAAACCCAGGUUGCAAUAAAAAUAAUCGAUAAAACACGAUUAGAUUCAAGCAAUUUGGAGAAGAUAUAUCGUGAGGUUCAGAUCAUGAAGCUUCUGAAUCAUCCUCAUAUCAUAAAGCUUUAUCAGGUUAUGGAAACAAAGGAUAUGCUUUACAUCGUCACUGAAUUUGCAAAAAAUGGAGAGAUGUUUGAUUACUUGACUUCCAAUGGCCACUUAAGUGAGAGUGAAGCCCGGAAGAAGUUCUGGCAGAUUCUGUCAGCCGUGGAGUACUGCCACAGCCACCAUAUAGUCCACCGGGACCUCAAGACUGAGAACCUGCUGCUGGACGGCAACAUGGACAUCAAGCUGGCAGAUUUCGGAUUUGGGAAUUUCUACAAGUCAGGAGAGCCUCUGUCCACGUGGUGUGGGAGCCCCCCAUACGCAGCCCCAGAGGUCUUCGAGGGGAAGGAAUAUGAAGGGCCGCAGCUGGACAUCUGGAGCCUUGGUGUCGUGCUCUAUGUGCUCGUCUGCGGGUCUCUGCCCUUCGAUGGGCCCAGCCUGCCGGCUCUGCGGCAGCGGGUGCUGGAGGGCCGGUUCCGCAUCCCCUUCUUCAUGUCCCGAGACUGUGAGACGCUGAUCCGCCGCAUGCUGGUGGUGGACCCCACGAAGCGCAUCACCGUUGCCCAGAUCCGGCAGCACAGGUGGAUGCAGGCCGACCCCUCCCUGCUGCAGCAGGCCUGCCCGGCCUUCUCCGCGCACAGCUACAACUCCAACCUGGGCGACUACGACGAGCAGGUGCUGGGCAUCAUGCAGACCCUCGGCGUGGACCGGCAGAGGACCGUGGAGUCGCUGCAGAACAGCAGCUAUAACCACUUUGCUGCCAUUUAUUACCUCCUCCUGGAGCGGCUGAAGGAAUAUCGGAACACCCAGCCGUCGGCCCGGCCCGGCCCAGCCAGGCAAGCGAGACCCAGAAGCUCGGACCUCAGCGGUUUUGAGGUGCCUCAGGAAGGCCUCCCCAGUGAUGCUUUCCGGUCCGCCCUGCUGUGCCCGCAGCCCCAGACGCUGGGGCAGUCCGUCCUGCAGGCUGAAAUGGACUGUGACCUCCACAGCUCGCUCCAGCCCUUGUUCUUCCCCAUGGAUGCCAACUGCAAUGGCGUGGUCCGGCCUCGCUCCAUCUCCCCCAGCAGCCUGCUGGACACGACCAUCAGCGAGGAGGUCAGGCAGGGCCAGGGCCUGGAGGAGGAGCAGGAGGCACAGGCACCCCUGCCUGGCACCUCCGGCCGGAGGCACACACUGGCCGAGGUCUCCACCUGCUUUUCCCCGGGCACCCCUCCGUGCAUAGUCAUCUCCUCCUCUGUGGCGAGUCCUUCAGAAGGCACCAGCUCUGACAGCUGUCUGACCUCAGCGGGUGACGGCCCAGCAGGGCUCAGUGGAUACCUGGCCGCUCAGGGGCUGGUGGGCACCUGCUCCCCGCUCAGACUGGCCUCGCCCCUCCUGGGCACCCAGUCCGCCACCCCAGUGCUCCAGGCCCAGGGGGCCCUGGGAGGAGCUGCCCUGCUCCCUGUCAGCUUCCAGGAAGGCCGAAGGGCGUCGGACACCUCGCUCACUCAAGGGCUAAAAGCCUUCCGGCAGCAGCUGAGGAAGAACGCGAGGACCAAAGGGUUUCUGGGGCUGAAUAAGAUCAAGGGGCUGGCUCGCCAGGUGUGCCAGCCCUCCUCCUCGAGCCGGGCCACCAGGGGCGGCCUGAGCACCUUCCAGCUGCCCCCACAGAGCCCGGGUCUGCACAGUGGUGGGCCCAGCGGCCGGGAGGGCAGGAGCCUGCUGGAGGAGGUGCUGCACCAGCAGAGGUUGCUCCAGUUACAGCACCACCCGGCAGCCCCACCCAGCUGCCAGCAGGCCCCCCAGCCGCCCCCGGCCCCACUGGUCCUUGCCCCCUGUGACGGCGCCCUCCUUGUGUCCGGACUCCAGAAGGGACUGGGACUGGGGCCCGUCCCGCUGCUGCCUCCCCACCUCCUGCAGGCCGGGGCCUCCCCGGUGGCAUCAGCAGCCCAGCUCCUGGACGCCCACCUGCGCAUCAGCACCGCCACGGCCCCCCGCCCUGCCGCCACGCCCCCGCAGCCACACUUCGCCAUGCUGGCGCCGAGGUUUGAGCCCAUGGGGCUGCCGCAGGGAGACUGUGAGAUGGAGGACCUGACCUCCGGCCAGCUGGGCACGUUCGUCCUGGUGCAGUGAGGGCCACGGCCCGCCGCCCAUCCCUGGCACGGGCCGACUGACUCUUCGAAGCAAUAAUUUCAGAGUAUGUGAAGACGUUUCCGGACUCAAAGCCAAUAACUUUCUAGAAGCAAAACAAGCAAUACGUUUGGUGUUUUGGCUUUUUA